AGAGGGACGAAGAACGGUCGCGCAGGGUGAAGAAAUCGACGCACCCUCUGUUUUGUCGCAUGUUUGGUGACGUCCAGUAAUCGACUUGCUGUGAAGUCUCCGGGGCCGAGGCCUAAAGACUUUUUUUUUAUUUUUGCAAACGCCCGCUGGUGAAAUUGCGCGUGGAUGCCCGGUUUUCGGUGCCCGUUUUGACCGGGUGUGAACAGAUGAGGCACUUUACCCUGUGAUCGAAGCAGAAACGGUCGGAAACGUUAGCCAGCUAGUUGGAGCUACCGCUAACUGCCAGCGAGGAAGUGAGGAUCGAAAAAAAAAUGACAUCUCGGAGGUGGUUUCACCCCAACAUCACAGGUGUGGAGGCUGAAAACCUCCUGCUGACUCGAGGAGUGGAUGGGAGCUUUUUAGCCAGACCCAGUAAGAGUAAUCCAGGAGACUUCACCCUGUCAGUACGACGAAAUGGAGCCGUCACCCACAUCAAGAUCCAGAACACAGGAGACUACUACGACCUGUACGGAGGGGAGAAGUUUGCCACUCUUGCAGAGCUGGUGCAGUAUUACAUGGAGCAUCAUGGGCAACUGAAGGAGAAGAAUGGAGAUGUUAUUGAGCUCAAGUAUCCACUCAACUGUGCUGAUCCCACAUCAGAGAGAUGGUUCCACGGACACUUGUCGGGCAGGGAGGCUGAGAAGCUGCUGACGGAGAAAGGGAAGAACGGCAGCUUCCUGGUGAGAGAGAGCCAGAGCCACCCCGGAGAUUUUGUCCUGUCGGUUCGUACGGGAGACGACAAGACGGACAGCAGCGACAGCAAACCCAAAGUCACUCACGUCAUGAUCCGCUGCCAGCACGACCUGAAGUACGACGUGGGCGGAGGUGAGAAGUUUGACUCGCUCACCGACUUGGUAGAGCACUACAAAAAGAACCCCAUGGUGGAAACUCUGGGCACCGUGCUGCAGCUAAAACAGCCCCUGAACACUACUCGUAUUAACGCAGCAGAGAUUGAAAGUCGAGUUAGAGAGCUGAGCAAACUAGCCGAGGCCACAGACAAGGUCAAACAGGGCUUCUGGGAAGAAUUUGAGACCUUGCAGCAACAGGAGUGCAAGCUGCUCUACAGUCGCAAAGAGGGCCAGAGAGCAGAGAACAAAAACAAGAACAGAUACAAGAACAUUCUGCCCUUCGACCACACGCGCGUGGUGCUGAAUGAUGGGGACCUAAACGAGCCAGGCUCUGACUACAUCAACGCCAAUAUCAUCAUGCCGGAGCUGGACUCAAAGUGUAACAGCACCAAGGUGAAGAAGAGCUACAUCGCCACUCAGGGCUGUCUGCAGAACACCAUCAGUGACUUCUGGAGGAUGGUGUUCCAGGAGAACUCUCGAGUCAUCGUCAUGACCACCAAAGAGGUGGAGAGAGGGAAGAGUAAGUGUGUGAAGUACUGGCCCGACAUGAACGCUCUGAAGGAGUACGGCGCCAUGCGCGUUCGCAACGUCAGAGAGACGGCCGCACACGACUACAUCCUCAGAGAGCUCAAACUGUCCAAAGUUGGACAGGGCAACACAGAACGCACAGUUUGGCAGUACCACUUCAGGGCCUGGCCGGACCACGGAGUCCCCACCGACCCUGGCGGCGUACUCGACUUCUUAGAGGAAGUCAACCUGAAACAGGAGAGCAUCCUGGACGCUGGGCCUAUAGCGGUACACUGCAGUGCGGGGAUCGGACGGACGGGAACGUUUAUAGUGAUCGACAUCCUGAUAGAUGUGAUCAGAGAAAAAGGGGUGGACUGUGACAUCGACGUGCCAAAGACCAUCCAGAUGGUUCGUUCUCAGCGCUCUGGGAUGGUGCAGACCGAGGCGCAGUACAGAUUCAUCUACAUGGCUGUACAGCAUUACAUAGAAACACUGCAGAGACGCAUAGAGGAGGAACAGAAAAGUAAGAUUAAAGGGCGCGAGUACACCAACAUUAAGUACUCUUUGUCUGACCUGACUGGAGGAGAGCAGAGCCCUCUGCCUCCCUGCACUCCUAUUCCAACUCCCACCUGCACAGAGAUGAGGGAGGACAGCUCCAGAGUGUAUGAGAACGUGGGCCUGAUGCAGCAGCAGAAGAGCUACAGAUGAGAUUCACCUUUGACCCCAGUGCUCUAUCAGCUCCAGGAUCUUGAUACCUGACAGUUUUUUCGCCAGCCACACCUUGACGCCUGAGACUUGACCGUAAUGACAUGGAACAAUGGAAAACACACACACACACACAUAUAUACAUAUAUAUAUACACACACACACAAAACAAAAACGUGAGAGAGACCAGACACCAGGGUCCUCCUGUUCUCGCUCAUCUUACAUGAACACUAGCCCUCUAGUUGAAUUCUAAACCACUGUGAUCAUCAGAAGAGCCUUUGAGAAGCCUAACACGCUAAAUCCCCCCCCACGCCACCGUCUGGGUUUAGCCUUUGUCAGUCUCACCCCAACAAGGGCUGCAAACAGCGAGCACUCUCCUCAGAGGGGAAGAAAAACACCUAGCUAACCUUUGCUCAUCUCUCAGUUUUCUACUUUUUUUUGUUUUUAAUUAACCAAAGCAAAGUUAUUUAGAUUGUGUUGUAGAUGGAAGCGAGGAGUUUCCUGAAUCAGGCCUGUGCCAAAACCACAAGUGAUUUUUAUCCACAUCUCUCAGCCAAUUCAAAGUCUCUAUUCGGCCUGUGAAGCAGUGGGAGACGAGACCUUAUUUGUGGACAAAACGUGGGGCAAAAUUUCCAGUGAUAAUUGUCUAGUUUUGAUUGUGUUAUAUAGAGUUAAUGUUUCUGAAUGAAGAUUUAUUGGCAUUGUAGUGUAAUAUCAUAUUUACAGUUGAUCUGUUGAUUCGUAAUCCACUGACUUCUAAACAUGAAUUCCUCUUUUUUUUUUGCGCCAGAACAGCCUUGAAGAGAAAUGUAAAUUCAGGCUGUUCAGAGUGUGAAUUAACUUUUUAUUUUAUUAUUAUUUUCUAGUUCACAUGGGUUUGAUAUGCUUUUGUUGGGAAACACAGUGUCUGUUAGUUAACCAUUCCUGAGCUCAAGCCGAAUGUCCUUAAUGCUGCACUUUUAUUUAGCAGCAUAACAGUUACAGUCAAGCCUUGAUUCACCUGGUGGAUUUAUCGAUAAUCUAAUCAUGGGGGUUAGUGCAGGAGGACGAGGAGGUGGAGGGGGGGCACGCGUUUGAUUUUUGCCCUCCUCCUUCACGCCUGCACUUCUAUGUCAAAGUCAGUGUGAUGACGUAUUAAGAUUUCAGGGGAGUCUGUUGUGUAUCUCAGUCGCAGGCAUCGCCACAGACGCACGGCUGCCAAACAAAACAAAAAAAAAAACUUUGUUUUUUAAGUUUUUUUUUUUAAAGUGCAUAUUACUUUUCUUUGGUUCUUUCUCGUUCUUUUUAAAGACAAAUGCCUUUUGUGUACCAUUGCCUAUUUUGAGCACCACAUGUACUUAAGUUUAAGAGUCACUGUUUUUAAAAAGCAAUCACACAUCUCUCAGCUUUGGCAGGUAUAGUCAUCGUCAUUGUUGUGGUUCUACAGUAGAUUGUCGGGCCUGUGAUAGUCAGCUGGAUUCAGUAGUUAACACACACACACACACACACACACACACACACUCUCACACUACACACAGGUGUCCAGGUUUCAGUAGAGGAGUUUCUUCUUGUUUUCUGCCAGUGUUAAUCAAACUAAACCAUUUAAAGGAACAGUCUGACAUUUUGGGGAUUUCACUCGUUCGCUUUCUUGCACAGGGUCAGACGAGAAGAUAGACACCACUCAUGUCUGUACGCCAAAUAUGAAGACAGCUAGCUGAUUAGCUUAGCAUUAAGACUGAAAAACAGCUAGUCCGGCUCUGUCUAAACAUGGCAACAAAGACACUAGGAACUCUUUUGUACAGAUUAAACAAACAAGAUAUAAUGUUUUAAUUAGUGAACUUUAGAGGUCUCUCGUGUAUGUAUGCUCGACAUGAAGCUACACCCAGCGGCUGCUUAGCUUAGCUUAGCAUAAACAAGCACAAAGAUUGAGAACAGGUGGAAACAGCUAGCCUCACUUUGUCCAAAAGGAAACUAAAUCCACCUCUGAGCUCCUCUAAAGCUCAGUGAUUAACACACUGCACCCUGUUUGUUGAAUCUUUAAUGAAACAAACCUAAAAAAGAAAAGUUGUGGUCCACACGGUUUUAUUCAAGAGGUGGAGCUAAGCUAGCUGUUUCCUCCUGCUAAGCUAAGCUAAGCUAAUCGCCUUUUAGCUCUAGCUUCACAUGCAGUGUACAGGUAUGAGAGUUGGUAUCGAGCUUCUCUCUAACUUUCCUUUCCUGAGAUGUCAAACUGUCCUGUUAACUUUAUCUUCUCAAUCAGCUGCAGUAUUUAGGGAAGUUAAAUAUUUUGUAUUCUAGUGAAAAUCCACUUACUCACUAACUCAUUUCAAACACGUGGCCUAAGUAUUUCCAUUCGUCGAGCCUUUUCCCAGCCUCUGCACAUUUGCUUACCAUCACUCGCCUUGAGAAACUGCAGUCUUGUGAUUGAACUUACUGUAACAGUGCUGACUCAGAAUCUCUCAAUUGAGGAAAAAAAAAAAGAAAAAAAGGAAGAAGCGGCUCUUCUCUUUGCCUUGAGGGACAGUUCUCAACCACCGCUGAUCCAGGGUUGAACAGCUUCUUUGUGUAACAUUAAAUCAUGAAAUCAGUGUUUUGUUUAGUUUUUUUCGGGGGCUGCUUCCUCCCACCGGAGGACUCUGCAAACACUCGGCUGCUGCCUCACAGCAAGUGUUCUUUGAAACUUCUCCCGGGUGAACGCCAUCCACUGACUGAGUUAUGAGAUCCUCUGUAGUGUGGUGUACUGUAUGCAGUUUUAUCCGUCGAACGGCUGAGUUUGUACUUGUCUAAUGUUUAGUGGAGUGCUUGUUUGUGGUGUUUUGUGUCCUGUGUGAGUGUGUGUGUGUGUGUGUGUGCGUGUGUGUGUGUGUGUGCGUGCAGGGAUGUGUGUAUGUGCAGUGAGAGUGUGGCUGUCUUAUCAGCCUUAAAGUUCUUGGAUACUAUUCUUGUUUUUGUUUUUCUUCGCAGAUGAUAAAACUGCUUUUCCAUUUAUCAUGUAAGCAAUUUAGAUGCAUAGACGUGCCUUCUAUGCAUAUGCCUAUGUGUAUGUGAUAGGUAUUAAAAAAAACAAAAAACAAAACAGUGCUCUUUAGUUUCCACCGCCAUUCAAGAACCUGUAACACUUAAAUGUGAAUUCUUUCAUCCUGAACAUCCUGAACAAAAAAGGAAAAAACGGUGAUCGCAAUGCAAACAAACUAUAUUUUUUAACAUGUAUAUUGUACAUGAGUACCAGGUAGAGGAGAAUGUACUUACUAAAACAUAUCUACUUGCCAAUAAGAUAUACUGUAUGUAUAUUCCUACAGCUUUCUCUCUGUGACACAGGGAGGGACCUCUCACAAAGCUUAAGAGGUUUAUUGUAUGACUUUCAAAUGCAGUUAACCAUGUUAACUUCCUCAGUAACAAUAAAUGGCUAGCUCAUGCCUCAUUAA